GGCAUCAGUAAAAUGUGAGAUAAGGGACAGGGAGCCCAGUGCAGGGUAUGGAGCCAUCUCAGAACCUGUAGGUUGGGGGAGGCUAUUCUGGCCUCCUCUGUGAUUCUAGAGAACUUCUCUUGAAAGAAUUAUAAGAGAGUGAAGCAGGGCUGGAUACAGGCCAGCAGGGAAGGGAGGGCUCUAAAGAGGGCUUUCCACAAGAAAACGUGACAGACUACAUCUGUGGGCUCACCAGGCUCCCCUAAAGCCUGAAGGGUCCACGAGAGAGGCUCAGGUAAACCUCACACCCAGCAAUGGUCCCUCUCUUGGCUGGCCCCCACCCUGACCCGGGUCAUAAUAGGGCUCCUCUGGGGAGGGUGGGGGCACUGAGAGUGGGGGCUCAACUCUGGCUGCCAGGCUGUCCUGGGUGCGGCAGGAAGCAACAUGACUUAGGCACCUGCCCUGAGGUCCCAGGCAUCUCCAGGGCUGCUCCUGCAGCUGGCCUGGCCCUCUCCCUAGGUGCACCAACCACAAUGCAGCAGCUACGAAUGGAGACAGAUGCCAUCGGGGCCGGCGAGGGGCCGCAGCGUGCGGUGCCCUGGUCAGCCUGGGUCUCUCGGGAGGGCUGGGUGCGCUGGUGCAUGUGUCACGUGCCCCCGAGCUGGACCCAGUGGUGGACUACAUCUGGCUGGCGGCAACCACUGCAGCGUGUGCUGUGGGGUCUGGAGGGGGUCCUCUACCUGCUGCUGGCCCUGAUGCUGUGUCACGCGCUCUUCACCACCGGCUCCCACCUCCUGAGUUCCCUGUGGCCUGUGGCGGCUGCGGUGUGGCGCCAUCUGCUGCCAGCUGUCCUGCUGCUGCUGCUCAGUGCCCUCCCCGCGCUGCUCUUCGCCGCCUCCUUCCUGCUGCUGUUUUCCACACUACUGAGCCUCGUGGGCCUCCUCACCUCCAUGUCUCAACCAGGCAACGCUCAGGACUUAGACCAAUAGAAGGGCAACCCCAUCCCGCUGCUUGUGUCUGUUGAGCCCUGGCCUAGUGCCUGAGGCCCAGGGGAAAGGGAGGGCAGUGGGACCAGGGCCUUUCUGUGUCAGCAGGCCCCCAACCUACAGUCUCUAGCUGGGACUGGGUGGGACAUGGGUGAUAUUGCUGGAACUGGCAGGAUAUAGACUGGCCUGACCUCUGGGCACCUCCCUCAAGCUGAUGCUGCAGGUACUUGGUGUGGAAGGCCAGAAAUUUUGAGAAGAGAUGUUAGGGCAGAAGGCUCAGCCAGGAGCAGAGCGUGGCCAAGCCAUCAAGAGUUUCCACGUGCAUGUGCUGAUGCUACUGGGGACCCCUUGAGCAGCUGGCAGCAUCUUUUUCUUGCAGCUGCUCAACUGUCUCAGUGUUAGACUCAUAGCAACUUCUACCUGUAUUUACCAUUUCCCCCACCAACCGCCUCUUUUCACUUGCCCAGGCUCUAGAAAGGGCUCAAUGACAGAAACGUAGCUGAGAGAGGGCUAGCCAGAAUCCUCAUGAGACCUCAGCUUUCACCUUUCAGAUGUUUCUGCCCAAGCAUUCCCCACUCCCUAGACUUCCUACCUCCUGCCUCGUCCACAUCCCCAAGUCUGGGAAAUGAGCCAACCAACGCAGUGAGUUUCCCAGGGAGAGCUUACUCUUUAAGACUCCUGAGGUUUGCUAUGGAAAAACAAACAAGAAAUCCCAUUUCACCCACCUAUGCAGUGUGUGACCUUGGCCAAUUAAUUCUUUUGAGCCUUGGUAUGAAGUGGGUCCUGUCAUGGAGCUGCUGUGAGUCAAACGCAAUAAUAUCUGUGUGUGAAGUACUUUGUAAAGACCAGAAAAUUGUAAGCUAUUGUAUGGAACUCUAAAGAGCAGAAAGCUUCUCUAGGCCUUCAGAGAAAUGUUCUGUCCUGGAUACAGUUUGGACCCUACAAUGGUAAACGGAGGAUGGAUGAGUGUGAACAAGAGGUAAAAGGUCGUAUGCCAUGAAAUCUCAAAAUAUGCAGGUGUUGAACUCUUCUGACUGUGAAAUGCUCGGUGGGGCUUGGUGCCGGGAGAUGGCUUGCACAGCCAUGUGAGUGCGGAAAUCAUAGCCCAGGGGUUUCUAAAACCAACCCAACAAGCGGUUUACAACACCAGGAGAGCUUUGGAAGGUGGCAUCCCUCGAUGCCCAGGAUGCUGGCUUUUCACAUCUCAGCUAACCCUCCAGACAAAACAGUGAGUGAUUAGUCACUACAAGUAAGACACAUGAUAGGUAAGACCCACCCACCUGACCCUCACCCCACUCCAGGCCUCCACUUAGUCCCUGACCCUCUCCAAUUCCUAGCCAGACUUGAUCCCACUACAUACAUCACCCUAAAACCCUCACUCCUGUAUCCCUCAACUAAAAGCCUCCUCUCUGGCCACCUAAAUACUCAAGCCCUAUGAACCAGCCCCUAGAACCCAUGUUCAUUUUUGCUAAAACCCAUUCGCUGUGGAGUUUCAUAACCCUGUGUGCCACUGAUCAGAUGCCUUCAGCAUCAGCUCCUGAAACCCGAGACACAGUCCUUCCUUCCUUUUUCCUUCCUGUUCUCCCUGAAAUAUGGCCUGGUAGCAAGGGCAAGGCAGGCCAUGGAAGUGGCAAAGCAUCAUAGCUAGCAUGGGCUCUGGUGUAUUAGCUCAAGCUGGGUUUGAAUCCCAGCACUGCACUUUCCAGUCCCACAGCUUUGGCAAAAAUUGCUAACCCGUCUUGAACUUAAUUUUUCUGUUGGUUAAAAUAAAGGCAAGCAUACCUGUCCUAGGGCACCCGUGGGGCAUCUGGUACGUGGGCAAAAUUCCUGGACUGACUCCUCACACCACAAAUUGUAGCUAUGCUAUUACUGUUCCAUUUUAGAGAUGAGAAGUCAGGCACAGGAUGGCUACUUGCCUAUGGUAAGGUCAGGUUGUUUGAGUCCUAGUCCAGCCUGACAGGCUACUAAAGAGAAAGCAAUGGAGGAAAUACAACCUCACUGAAGACCCCAGGGCUUCUCAGUGCCCAUUGUUUAGGCUCCUGUCAGAGAUGAAGCCUGGAUGCCAAUCUUGGGCCCCUCGCUAACUUGGCUGUGCAUUGUUGGCCAGGGAUAUCACUCUGGAGCCUUGGGACCAUUCUAAUUGAGAGAGGAGAUUUUGGCCCAAACCAGACACACUGAGGAGCAGGAUUUUGGCAGGAGCAAGGAGAAAGCCUUCUUCCCUUCACCAUGUAAACAUAUAUCUUCUACCCUCCUGUAUUGCUGGUGUGAGGUAGGGUGGCACAGGCAGACCAGAGACCAAAUGGGCA